UUUGACCCAAGAAAGUUCACUGGUGGAAUAUCUGGAAGUCUGCGUCAGGAGUUCAGAGAGCUUGAGUUGCUGGAUGAAAUCACCAAGCUGCGCUACCUGGGCAAGAUCUCACCCAAAGUGACAGGCAUUACCCGCAAUGAACUGAUUACU